AAAUCACCAGGAAUAACAAUUCAUUGAAGUCUUCAUCAUAUCAAUAGUCUCGUCCUUCUCAACAACAUGGCCGGUACUGUUUAUCUUAGGACCAACCGCUUUGAGGUUAAGCUAGAAGGUAUCACCUUCAAAACUAAGGAUUUUGAAUACUUGUGCAAUGAAGAUUUUCUCUUCCCCAAGGGUAAGAUUAGGGUUCAUAAACCGAUUGUCGGGAUUGAUGUCAUGCAACAUCCACGCGACCCCAACAUUGUGUUGGUCCUCUUAUGCUUUGGGUUAGGGUGUGUAAUCCUACGGUUUCAUUCGGGGGAAGCUUUACCUGAUCCUAUCCUAAAGUUCUUAGCUGAUGAGAGAAUAUGCUUUGUUGGUUUUGGGAUACCCGAGAAGAGGGAUUUGUUUCCCUUUGAACAAUUGGGGUUUAGUAAACAAAAUUCUGACAUUGGGUACUUAGCUUCAAGAUUCUUCAACAACCCCAAGUACAAGAAAUGUGACUUGGGUGAUCUAGCGCGAAAAGUUCUCGGGAUUAAGAGAAUGAUUGGAUUGACUGAUUCUUCGUCGUUUGAAAGACAUGAGCAGAUCAAAUGUGGAAUCUGCCAAUUAUUCAUUUCCACCAUCGUUGCCAUUUCUUUGCUUAGCGCGGUUGAGAAGAAAAAAGUAAAGGCUUCUCCUUCUCCUUCUCCUUCUCCCACCCCUUCUCCGCCGAAGAAAGGUUCUUUUCUCAAGAAUCUCGCAUCCCUUCCAUUUUUAUCCGAAGGUUUGCUCAAAGUGAAUGAAGGAAAACUUCGUGAUCAAACCAAUAAUGGUAUGGACAGUAGUGAUGAUGAUCAUAACGAUGAUGAUGAUUCUUUCUGGGGCAAAGAAGAAAAUGAAGACGUUUCUUAUGAAGACGUGUUUGUUUGCGAAAAGGAUGAUCAAGCAUAUGAUUAUAUUAAAGCCCAAGGUACAGAGAGUGAAGAUACUCCAAAGACAAACAGCGAGGAUGAUGAUGAUGAUUAUUACCCAAACAAGGAGUCAAAAACGACAUUGAUGAAGGGGAUUUUUAAAUGUCUAUUUCCUGUAGACAUGAAAAUUUUCAAUCUAGGCAAUGCAUCAUCCAUGGAUUUCAUUGAAAAGGAGACGAUUUGCAAACCGAAAAAUAGCCCUUCUGAGGAGGACGGAAAAUCGCCAUCUUCUUCUACUACCAAUGAAACCAACAGUAAAAAUACAAUCCCCAUUGAGAAAAAGCCUUUGAAAGGGAUAUUAAAGUGUCAAUCUUCCACCUUCGAUGGAUGUAAUAGUAUGCCUUCUUCAAAGCCCGGUUCCCCCCCGAAUGCUCAAGAACUCAAAAGAGCCAAUUUCAAGGUCCGCACUGUAAGCUUUAAAUGUGACUAGCUUUUGGGGUAUAUAUACAUACACAGGCCGGGGGUGGCAUUCUUCCUUUUUUUCUUUUGUUCCUAUCCUUUCUGUGGGUAAUCUGCAGAACUUAUGUACGGGUUUGUAAUAAAAUCGUGUUACUACAAGCAUGAUUAUAUUAAUGGAAUCACAUCUUAAUAAAAAUGCUAACUUAAGCUACCUUAUGAC